UACGAUGAAGGCGGUGAUGAUGGUAACGAAGUUGGUGGUCGUGACGAGAGUCAUAGUGUUGGUUAUGAUAAUGGUGAUGAUGUUGAUAAGCUAACGUUGUUUAUGGUCAUGCUUUGCUUGCUUAUGUAG